GUUUGUUCCGUCAACAGAAAUUAUGCGAAUUCGAAAUUUUUUAUCGUGGCUCCGAUGAUUAGUUUGCCCUGAGUGAAAUUCUACCCUUCAUGGGCGUACUUGGGCCUACAGUGAACUUUAAGUUGUUACUCAAGGGAAGUAUUUCACCAGAGCUUCGGCAAGACAAUGACGGACAACAAAGAUAAUGUAAAUUGGAGUAGAUUUGGUUUGGAUCCUGUUGGGCGAUCAGAGCCUUCUCCUCCAAGAUCACACGGCGAUCAAUCGGUAGAAGUAACAGCCAGUGGAAGUACAUCUUGUGGUAAUCCGAAUGUCAAAGAUCUCUUUGACGAAGAUCAGGUUCGUAUGGAAAAAAAUGGCGGGAAACGAAAGGAAAAUUCGUUUUUGUUGUCAAUUUCUUGAUCAUCCGUUCUCGCUCGAAGGAACGACUUUCAUUUGCAUAUUAAAAGGAUUUUUGUAGCUUGAGGGGUAAAUAAGCUGUUAUUUCAAACGAAUAGUUAUUUACGCAAAACAUUUCGAAAGGAGAAGGCAAGAUUUUGAAGGGGAAAUAUAAUAAGCUUAGAUUCGAAUCUGAUAUUUAACUUAAUUUUUGUUUUCUUGUAAAUGCACAUACUUCCUCUCAUUUGCGUGAUUCGACAGCUGGCUUCAAUACCGGCGGUUUUUCAAUUUGUGUUUUGAUUUUAUAAGUGCAAGAAAGACUCUUAAAAAUAUAUUCCAUUCGUGGCAUUUACAUGGUAGGUCUGCAAUUUCACGGUUGAUCUAAUUUCAAUCAGACACGAAUUUAUUCAAGAAAAAAAUAGAAGUAAACAAAAUUGUACUUGAUCGGUGUGUUCCUUUACCCGACAUGAAUUGUUGAUCAGAAAUUAAUAAAAUUUGAAAUUAUAUACUUCGAUAGCGAUUACUGAUUUCAUGAACUCAAUACUAUUUUUGUAUGUAUUUGUCAUGAUGAAAAAAAGGAGUAUUUUUUUUAUUUGCUCCAGUAGCUUGGAACAAAGUUGAUAACCUUAUCCAGCGUGAAGAUGUAAAUUUCGUACGAUUCGAUCAAGAAGAACGAAUUCGCACUGACAUUGCCCGCUCUUGAAAUUUCUUUUUAACAACGAACCCUAUAUACCUUAUAUCGGCUUAUCCUUUAAAACUGGGAAAAUAUCUGGAUCGCAGGGAAAGUAUUUUGAUAAUUUAGAGAGAACUUCUUAAGAUGCAGAUGAACAACAGUUCUCAGUAGAUAUAAGGUUUGAGUUUUUUUUUUCCCCAAAAUGGCCCGCGGCAACAUACGUGCUGUCUAUCAGAGCUUUUAAAACUGAGUCAGAAAUUAGCCGAUUUAUGCUGUUUAGUGAUUUGCAGAAGAAUCUCUCUUAAGAUAUACUUGACCCUUUUGACAAGACAAAUUGUAGACUGAAGUGAAAGCAAAGGAGCUGUAUUGUCGAAGUCAACAACAUGAUGGCAGACAGCUUGUGAUAUAAAUACCAAUAUAUCAAAUGAAAUUUAAUUAAUACAUACCCCAUUAGCUCUGGUGAAAAGUACUUUUCAUGCAUGCUUUAUUAGCAAGUUCAGAAGUGAUUGGCAACUACUACUCGCCUCCAAUGAGCUGAAGAUACAAAAUCAAAUCAGUCUCUGUGAAAGUGGUGAAUAUUUACAUUGUCGCUUCCUAGCUAGGUAUAUAUCCACCCCCAUCCACUUCCUCUUUGAUGAAUAAUUGUUGCUAAACUUUUAAAAAUUUCUUAAAUUGCAUUAAGGGGGAUCAAGUGUCUCAGAAGCCAUGGUGGAAGGCAAACUUCUUUGUGAGAGAGCCAGUAUUAUUCGGAACAUGGGAUGGUGAGUUUUUGCAUUCAUAGGAUAUAAUAAAGAGGAUAGGUGCUUGACACUUGUGACAGUGAUUAAAAUAUUUGGUGGUCUGGUAUGGGCACUCAGCUUGCAAGGCUUCCUAAUACUCUUGGUGUAAUUAUCAUGACAAAUCAUGUGAAAUUCUUCUAUGCAUUGAUAUAUCAUAUGAAGUCCACAGGUUUCAAGUUAGCUGAUUUAAGCUUGUAAUUAGUAAACAGUUAAUUUAAUUUGCUUUCUUUUUUUAAUCAAAGGUGUAUUUACAUCAUGUAUGCUGAACAUUUUUGGUGUGGUUAUAUUUCUCAGAACAGGAUGGAUGGUGGUAUGUACCUUUGAUAUCUAAUUCCUUAUAUUACAUCAACACUGUGCACAAUAAACAAUAAACAAAAGUGAUUUGUACAAGCCCAGGUGUAGGGUAACCUUGAAUUAGGACUGGCUUUGUCAUUCUAUAGUUGUUACUGAGCAGUGAUCUAAAGGAUAAUUAUUAGUGUUAAAACAGACAUCUGUGCCCUUGAGGGAAAUGUGGGGGCAGGGGGGACAAAACAAUUGUCAGUGCCUCGUACAAUUAGACUGACUGUUUUCUUGAUAAGUUUGCACCUGCUCAAUUCCUCCAGUCCUGAAGGAGACCUUUGCAAGCCCCUGCAAACAUCAUAUCCUUAAUAGGGACACGUACAUGUAUGUACAUUUCCUUGUCAAAUGAAGGAUCUUUGCUCACUGAUGCUAGCCACCUUAAAGUGAAAAUUAUGGAUCAUCCCAGUGAGGGAAGAAUGCAUCAAUGAGGACUGUAUUUUCAGUGAAAGUGAUAAGUCUUUAAACAACCUUAGGUCUGAAGUGGUGUAACCAUUUGAUUUAAGUUGGUCACUUGAGAAAAAAGUCUUAUCCCAGAUGAUCUCACUUAGUUUUGUACCAGAUGAGAAAGACUUGCAAUAUUAUUUUAAUUUUUUUUUUUUGGACUUGUGCAACAGACUUCUAUAUACUUAUACUAUUUGUAAAUGGUGUGAUGCAUGAAUGGUAAUUCAAUGUUUUAAAUGGUUACUUUUCAUUAUUUUUACUACUAACAGGGUAAUGCUGGCAUUGGGCUGUCAUUAUUGAUUAUUGUGUUAACUCUGCUGGUUGCUCUGGCUCCAGCACUAUCAGCCAUUGGUGUGUGUGAGCGCUGUCAUGUGGAAAGUGGUGGUGUGUACUUCCUUUUAGCACAUGUUCUAGGACAGCGAAGUGGAGGAACUGUUGGAAUUCUUUAUUCUUUUGGAAUGGUGAGUUGGUGGUGAAUUGAUGCUUCUGCAUCUAUUAAUAAUGAGGAUCAAAAUGCUCCAAUGACAGCAUGCCAAAAAACACCAACAACAACAAACCAAGAUGCUGUAAAUAGCAAGACAUAAACUUUUGACCUGACAAAGACCAGCAGUAUAGCAGUCAAAAUGUUGCAAUCACUACAAUUAAUUAGCCUGACUCUGAAUUGUAAGACAAAGGAUUCAAAUUUUCAUUUAUGCAUAACAAAAAAAACAAAAAAAAAACUGUGUUUCCAAGGAGAUCAUGGAGAUGAAAGUGGAAACCUUUAAGGGUUACAAUUAGUUUCAAACUUGGAGGCAGGCAAAAAAUUCCAAUUUCAAAGUACCCAAUAUCUGGUUUGAUUUUCUCUCCCUUUUAGCACUUCAUUCCUAUUCAGCUAACACAUUUUAAUGUUGAAGAUUGUUUUAUAUCAUUAAACAACAAAUUGAUCACCAUGGGAGCUUUUAUUUUUCUUUAAUUAGUGUUCUUGUCUUUUUUCCACUAGGCUGUUAGUAUUUCAUUAUUUUGUGCUGGAUUUGGUGAAUCCCUGGCAGAGACCACAGGCUGGGAGGGACCAUGGGCAGUCCGCGUGAUUGGUCUGAUCACUUCUCUCAUCCUAUUGGUUGUUGUUCUUGCUGGUGUCAAAUGGGUCGUCAAACUGCAGCUUCUCCUUCUUGCUAUCCUGAUGCUCUCUGUACUUGACUUCCUUGUUGGCACCUUUGCACAUACUGAUUAUUGUAAGUGACAGGGAGUGAGAUAGAAGGCAGGGGGAGGGGAGGCUGUGUUGAUACUGGCUUGAGAUGAUCUUUAAUAUUAAGUGACCUAGAAUGCAUUCUUCAUUCUACAAAGUGGCAUUGCUCUUCAAGAAGUGAGAAAACUCAUUUUAUUUGUUCAAAAUUGGUAAACUAAGUUCCAACAAAGAAAUAGCCAGAGGUGAAGGUUUGUAAUAAACUUAGCAAAGGUUCAUUUUUUUCAGAGUAGUGAUCUCAAAAACACUUGCCAAUAUGUUUUGUGUUUGCUGUAUCUCUUUCAGCCGCUGGGUUCACUGGCUACAGAACUGAAAAUAUGGAGAAAAAUGCUCCACCCAAGUUCUCCGAAGGACAGAAUUUCUUCUCUGUAUUUGGCAUUUUCUUUCCCAGUGCGACAGGAGUACUGGCAGGAAUCAAUAUGAGUGGAGACCUCAAGGAUCCUUCAAGUAAUAUUCCGGCAGGAACACUUGCAGCGUUGGGAUUUAGGUCAGGGAAAAUUCCACAUUAUUUUGAUAAUACAGUGCCCCCUUAAAACUGCCACACCUUGGAGUGAUCAUCUGCAUUUAUAUUUUUAUUACAAUUUUUAUUCACUGUCGGAUAAACUGGUAACAACAAGUAACGAUGAGAACACAAACAGCCGAGGCAUGCAUUUUGGAUGAAACAGUGUUUUUCAGGACGAACUAGUGAAAAAAUUAUUUGUCAUCAUUUGAAAGAAUAAGCUUUUAGAUUCUGGGAAAGAGGAGGGUAAACCUAUUACCUCAUCAUAUUUAAUAUAACAAGUGGUUCAUGAGUCAGUGUGGGAAGAUUGGACGAAUAGAUGCGUAAGGAUCCAAGAGCUCUACUAACUUCCCGAGUGAUUAGCGCCUUGACGAACUCUCAGCCCAGUAGAGGCAUGAAUCAAUUGUUUUGUAACGUUUUCACUGCGGCAAUUAGAAUGUUGUUUGAAGAGGAAGUCCCUCUGGUACACAAUAGGGAUAUGACGGGGACUCUUGCCUAAUUGACUUUGAUGUCUCAAAUCUACAAACUUAUUCAAUUAAAAAAAGCCGUUUGUUUUUGUCUCUGAACAGUGGAAUGCUGUACAUCUUGUUUGCUGUGUUACUUGGAGCAGUUUGCAGCCGCUAUGCUUUGCUCACAGACUAUAUGAUAGCAUCUAAGGUGUCUCUAGUUGGUGUACUGUUCCUCUUUGGUUUGUAUGUAUCCUCCCUUUCGUCCUGUCUUGGUGCUCAAUAUGGAGCCCCACGAGUAUUACAAUGCAUCAGCAAGGAGAAUGUUGUACCUCUCAUUAAAUCACUCGGCAAAGGGGUAAGAAGAUUCAUUAUCAAUUGAUGGCAAUUUACAAAGAAGAUGUGUUUUAUUUGUGUGUGUGUAGUUAUGAUAUCAAUCAAAGAAUCGAACUGAACCAUUUUGUGAGCGGGGAGAGCACAGCCUAACCUGAUCAAAAAUGAUCAAUUAGAACUAGCUUUUAGCGUGAAAAUACAGCCAAUAACAAUCCAACAACCCUUUAAUUUGACUCAGGUUAUCAAAACGUAAACGUCAUUGUCACCGAUGAGGGUGUUUUUCAGGAAUACUCUUACAGUUGCAAGUAACAUCACAGCAAAAUUGACCAAUCAGCUUUAAAGAACCAGAUUUAAAUCAUUCAACCGACAAACAACUGAUCUCUGGAUUCUUAAUUUCUGACAAAAACGUUCUUCUCUCUAUUUUCAGCGUGGUCCAAAUCAGGAGCCGUAUGUAGCUGCAAUAUUUGUGGCCGUGAUUGCCAUAUCAUUUAUAAUGAUCGGUAACCUGAACGCUUUAGCUCCUAUUGUAACAAUGCCAUUCCUACUCACAUACGCUGCUAUCGAUUAUGCGUACUUUAAACUGGCCAUGAGUUACGAUAUACGACAACAGCAGAAAUUGCUGGAACGAAAACCGUCAUCGGAUCUGAAGAAGUCGCCAGAAAGCCGGUUGAUUUCGUCUGACUUUCAAGACAGUGGAAAGAAGUUGAGUUACGGCAGCAGCUCUGAGGAAAAAUAUGAUUUUGGAGAAGUGAAAUUUGGCGGGCAAGAUGCCAUGGAGAAGGAUGACUCUCAGGAGAAGGAAAAUAAGAAUAAAGAUGACAAUUGGUUUGAUUACAACUCGCCACUGGACAUGCCAGAGCACGAUACAGCAGAGACGAAAGUUAAUUUGGAGGGCAAAGAUGGCGAAAAAGAGGAUACGGAAGUGUUUAAGGAUACAACAAAAUUGUUGCAGAAUGGGAGCAAUAAAGACAAGGAGGACACACUGAGAGAAAGAAGAAAAUCGGACGAAGCAGAUCGAGAGAAAAUUAAAGGUAAAGUUAAAUCCUGUUAUUAAACUUUCAACUCCGAAUAUUGAAUUUCUAGUGUGCUAAUUGACGCUCUUAACUCUGGUUAUCAGCUCAUAUUCCGAGUCACCUUGCAUGCGAAUGCAUAGUGCUAAUUGUUGCAGAGCUGAUAAAAGAUCCAAAUAUCCAAACGUUUAGGAUUUUCGAAAUCUAAUAAGAAAUGACUCCAUUCGCACAUGCCUUUAGGAAGGUAGUCGUCCAAUUUUUAACGGUUCUCAUUAGGUCAUAUAGCGUGGCCUUUUAUUCCUCUUAGCUCUGCAAUUACAGUGAACACAAACACCGAGAGCACUAAAUUAAACAAACGAGAGGCGAGGAAGAAUGGUUUAGAAUGUAGGAGGUUAUCAUGGAUUGAAAAUAAAAAUUUGAAAACCUCAGGCUGAAUUGUGCAAAAUGUGCUGAACAGUAAAGUAGAUCCCUUAAGCUUGGUGAGGUUUGUUUUUCGCGGUUCACACGCUGUCGAACCUUUUCUCCCAAGUAAACAUGUGGUGUAGGGCUCAGCAGAGUGUAAUAUGUUUUUAUGAAGUUUUGUUGCAAUGCUGUCUCAAGUAAUGCAAUGUUAUUGUUAAUCCCUUUAAAAUCUCAGAACGCAGAAGAAAAGAGGAGUACUACAACGAAGAGCAUCAGAUCAAAUGGGAAAUAGAAAAACAACCCUCUUCUUAUUAUUCAGAUUUAUGUAAUCGAUGGGUGUCUUUAGCUGGGGUAAGUGAACGAUUUAUAUGUUAAUUCUCCUUUCUAGGUGUUACGUAUUUCUUUGUACAUCAGUUCAGAGGAUCUGGUACUACACCAAGAUCACACCUCGUAGCCAAUGAGUGUGAGCAUUCAUAAUUCAUGAUCUUCAGAGGACUUAAAACAACUUAUGAAAUUAAGCUACUGUAUCGUAAAGGGAUUAUUGGGCUAUCUAUAAGAACGCGCCUGAAGAAAAAAAAAACACUAGUUGAAAUAUUCGUGCCAAAUUUCACUGAUUGUUUUUUUCUGCUUUGGUCAACCAAUGAUUUCAUCACUUAUAACUGAUGUAUUUAACUUGCAGGCGUUUGCCAGUAUAUUAAUUAUGUUCCUUAUUAACUGGGGCUACGCCCUCGCCAACAUCUCAUUGGCGUUAUUAGUGUACAUAUAUAUUGGUCAAGCAAACCCAGGAUUAUCAAAAGGUAGGCCAGGAUUUUCCUUUGUAAUAACAGAAGUGAAUUAUUUUGAAAAUCUGUUGUCCGAAGAAUCGUAUGCCCUACUCUACAUUAUUCCAAUGUGGUCAAAUUUCAAUAUUUUUCAACCAUUUGACAUAAGGGUAUUGUAUCUGCAGCUGUUUAUUUUUUUCUGCUUUGGAAACGUUUGAAUCUAGUGUUUUGCAAAUCUGGUUCAGCCAAAAGACUCGGUGGCCUGGGGUUUAGCGCAGUUAAAUUUGCGUCAAGAAGUCUGGAUCCAAACCAAAAUGGGGUUUUACUGUGGAAACCUUGCUCGUAAGGCAAGCCAUUCGACUACUUCUCCUUCCGUGAUCGUCCGUUCAAAUUCAAACUGUAGUCAUCAUCUAUUACAGACUUAGUUGGAAAUGGCUAAAUGGCGAAAUGAUAACAAAGUUCACUGUAUUAUCUUUGUAAUCCAUCUUGAUCAUCAUUGUGAUGUAAGUGGUAUUUUGUUGUGUCUUUACAGGAGUUGCUUCAGAUUUCGUGUUCUCUAAGUGGGUUCAAUCCUUGUGGGACAAGCUUACAAGGUAACCUUCAUGUGCGCAUGCAAGAAAUAAUUAUUUUAUGUUCCAAUUUAUCUUGAGUCUUGUAAAAAUCAUAGUGUUUGCUUACAAAAAAAGCAAAAUAAAGACGAAACUGAAAAAAUGACGACCAAAAACAAACUAAACAAACAAAAAGUACUCUGUCGUUAAAUGACCGUGUGAACUCCUGAUCUCGUAUAUAAAAGAGGCGAGAAAGUGUGUAGUUCUCGAUUCAACCACAACUGUUUGUGAAGUAAGGGAAAACGAAAAGACACUGAACAGAAAACCUACAUCCGUUAUCGGGUUGGCAGAGUAAAUUAUCAUCCUCUAGUCGAUCUCCAGUGGUGUGUAUUAAACCCCCGUGUUCUUUUCUCUUUGUAAACAGGAAAGAAUCUUCACAACAACAAAUCGUUGUACCGAUCAGCGGUAUUCCUUAUCAGAUGUCCACCUAUCAGCUGACAGAAGAGAACACAGACUUUUCGUACCGAGAUAAACGGCACCAGUCCUCUAUGGUAACAAGCAUUGGACCCCAAUGACGUGACAAUGUCAGGAGAUCAAGAGGAGGAAAGGUUCUUUUUCGGAGAAGUAUUUAUUGCGUUACUUCGCUUAUGAAAGUCAAUAACUGUGCAGUUAUGGUCAUUUUGUUAAAUAAUUUCUUCGGACACUUUUCUGAAACCUCCAUUGACAGAGCUGCUUUAAGUUCUAGUUAGUUAUUUAAAAAGCUGUCGAAUUUCAAUCGUUUUUGUUACAUAUUUGUUCCAAUUCAUUUUCGCAAAUGCCACAAAUCUAGCUCGGUCAUUUUUUUGAAUUUUCGAGUUUACUGGUCCCGCGAUUUUAUUUGAUGAUUAGAAUGAAUAAUUAGUGAAAAAUGGUUUACCUGAACGCACAACAGAGUUAUUUGGAAAAGGGAAUUUAUCAUUUUGGGUGAGUGAGAGCUUAAAGAAUUUUGAAAAUACAAAUGGUUAUGAAAUUGUUAUAAAUAUUAGGUUGAAUGUAAGGUUUGUUUUGUAAAUACGUGGAAGAAUUUAUUUAUAUUGUUGGAUACUAAAUUUUCUGAAGCCGUCGAUCCAAACAGAUCCAUAGGGUGUAUUUAGGUUCAAAAUGAAGAAUGUUUCAUCGGAAAAUUUUAAUUUAUUGACAUGUGCAGAAGUUUUAUUUUUUUCCUAUUUUGUUUGAAAGGGUAAAUACAUGAAAAAUAUGUAUAAAAAGAUUGAACAAAAACGGAGUGACAAACAUUUGAGGAAAUGCUAGGUAUUUAUUAAUUUAUCCUCAAGGGUUACUGAUUUCGACCGUUUGUAGCUGAGAAGUUCAAGUAGUCCUUUUAUUCAAGGCUUUUGUUACUUCUGUAGAAGUGGUAUUCUAUUUGCUUACAGAGCGGUUUUCUGUUGAGUGUCGUCAUGGAAAUCUUGGAGAAUACCAAGGAUCACUGUAGCCAAUCAAUGAAGACAUUACAUUGAAAUAAACGAAUGAGAACGCGAAGAAAAUACUUGUGAUCAGGGCCUUAGUCAAGCGCGGGAAAAUCGGCGCGUGGGAGUGCCUUUACAGCAGAAUUUUUAUUUAGUAGUCUCCUUUAUCUAUUUUUUGUAUUUCCAAACCUGGUCGAGAAAGUGGCGUGAGAUUUGAACCAUAGAGCCCGAUGAGGCAAAUCUUAGGCAAAAUCAAGAUUCCUCGCACUUAACAGUAAACCGCUCAAUGGGGAGAAAAUUUAGCGGGCGGAAGACGUGUAGAGGUAGGAACUUUACACACGAAGAAACAGAAUCCCAAAUUGAAUUAACUGAAUUAAUUUCUUGUCAUUUUGAAUCACUGGCUCAAAGUCAUGAACUCCAAAAAAAUAAAUGUGAAAUUAGUAUCCACGACAGUUCUGUUUCUUGACUUAUUCUAUGAGUGUUCUUUGUGCUACCUUUCCAUCUUUGACUUUGUUCUCAAUGACAAAUCAAUUUACGUUUUUUCGGUGUCUAUUUAUUCCUUUUCUGAAAAGUGUUUUAAAGUAGAACUCAGUUGACAAGUCUGUUUCUGUUGUUAAUGCUUUGUUCGCAAAGUGAGCGGCCGUUUUCUCGUAGCCUUUUAGACUAACGGGGCUACAAGCCUAACAUACCAAAACUCGAAGGCAGCUGAAAUUCUUUAAACAACAUAGGAUAGUGAGAAUUUGGACAGAAUUUGCAGUAAGCAGUAUAGUUUUUUAAAAACUACGUCUUCAGGGCGUGGUACGAGCUGCUCUCGAAAGGGUUUUUAGAUGUAAAUUUUUCGUGAGAAAGUAAUCAAUAAUUUACUUAAAAUAAUUUGUCGAGAAUCUUCCGAAGAGCUUGGUGCCGGCGGUUGCACCUUAUUAGUUUUUGCUUUUUUCUCUUUUUGCACUUGAAAUAAACGUCCUCAUAGAUAGGCUUAAACAUUGCUUGUGAACAAAGAUUUAACAACAGAAGAUCAAGAACAAACUUAUUUUAAAAUCUUUAACUUUCUCUGGAACUGUUGUGGUGAGUUAACCUUGAAGUUCAUAAUGGAAUGAAAUAAACUCCUCGGAUUGUCUGAAUGAUUGAUAAAACUAUUAAGGGUGUUGGCUGGGAUAUAACCUAUAUGUCACUCGGCUUUUUUGAACGAAUUUUCACUUCAAUCAAAUGUUACCUCCUAUCUCCUGUUUGUUUUUUUAAAUUUUAUGAAGUUGGAAAAAAAAACUUCGAUACGCCAACAAAAUGAUCAUGUAGAUACAUAUAUUUCAUCGUGUAAAAAGACUACACCCACCAGUUCAUUUCCAGCACUUCAAUCUUGUUUUGAUCUGAUUUGAACGCGUAUCAGCUGUUCAUAGCACCUGGGACAUCUGGUUUGGAUUGGCCAGCAUGUAAUGUGAG